AUGAUUAAAAAUCGAAAAGUUUUGAAGUCAAAACGAAAAGCAGAUUGUUUAGAACCAGAUGAAGAGGGGAAAGUAGAACCAACAAAAAAAGAAGAAGAGUUUAAAGAACAAAAACGUAAAAAGGAUGCUGCUCGACAAAGAGCUUAUCGCGAAAAAGUAAAAAGAAAACAAUCUGUAACAAAAAAAUUGUUAGAGGGUGGUGCAACUAAAUUACAAACGACAGAAUUAUUGGCAAAUGAAGAAACUCAAAUUCAGUCUACUUCUCACUGUGAAAUAAAUAAAUUUUCUGCUAUUAAUUUAACACAGGAUAAAGCACGGGUAUCAAAAGCAGAAGAUGAAUUUAAAGAACAAAAACGUAAAAAGGAUGCUGCUCGACAAAGAGCUUAUCGCGAAAAAAUAAAAAGAAAGCAAACUUCAACAAAAAAAUUGUUAGAGGAUGCUGAAACUACAUUACAAAUAACGAAAUUAUUGUCAAAUGAAGAAAUUGCAAUUCAGUCUACUUCUCGCUGUGAAAUAAAUAAUUUUUCUAACUUUAAUUUGCCAAAAAGGAGAUUAAAACGAUUAAAGGAAGAAGAAGAAACAAUGGAAACAUCCACGGUUGAAGUUGACACUUCAGAAAAUAUUAAUGUUCCUAUUGUACAAAAUUUAGAAAAUGAAGUAUUGAAUAUUAGUAAUUCUGAAAUUGACACUUCAGAAAAUAUUAAUGUUCCUAUUGUACAAAAUUCAGAAAACAUUGGUAAAUUUCCGUUUUUAUCUGAUGUCGUAAAUUAUACAAAUGUAAAUAUUGAUAGUAGCAAUAACUUUGUCCUAGAAAAUCCCGAAGAACUGGGUCAAAGUCAAUACUUAAAAUUAAAUUGUCAACAAAAAAGUGUUGUUGAUAUGAUAUUGGAAGCUGUUUUAUUAAACAAACCAUCGUCAUGCUUUUAUAUAGAUGGUCCUGGUGGAUCAACAAUAUUAUUUCCUCAUGGAAAGACACUUCAUAAAACAUUUGGAAUGCCAGUACCUUUGUUUUCAGACUCUGUUUCAAAUUUCAAAAGUCAAUCUAAAGAUGCUGAAUACUUGAAGCAAGUUGAUGUUUUUAUCUGGGAUGAAGCACCAAUGGCACCCCGUUAUGCUUUAGACUUAAUUGAUAGAACUUUGCGUGAUUUAAUGAACGUAGAUUUACCAUUUGGUGGAAAAGUAAUGGUACUUGGUGGAGAUUUCAGGCAACUUUUACCUGUAAAAAUUCAUGCUACUCGAAGUGAAAUGGUCAAUUUGUCAAUUAAAUUUAGUUCUCUUUGGAAAAAUUUCUCUUUACAUACACUGACUAAAAAUAUGCGAACUUUAUCAGAAGAAACAGAAUUUGCAAAAUUUCUAUUAUCUGUUGGUGAUGGAAUCUUAAAUGAUAAAGAUAAUAAUUUAUUGCUACCAGAAAAAUGUGUAGCCUCAAAAUCUGAUGAUAUUGUUCGCACAAUUUUUGGUUCAUUGAUUGCAGAACGUAAAUAUGGAAAUUUAUCAAAAGUUGCAAUUUUAGAAGCAAGAAACAUUGACGUUGAAGAAAUCAAUUGCAGAGUUGUAGAACUUCUCGACAAAAAUACGGAAGAAAUUUAUACUAGCGUCGAUAGCGUUAAAAAUUGUGACAAUGGAGAAAUUAAUGAUGGACUUUUGCCAGAAUACUUAAAUACAUUAAAUCCUCCUAACUUUCCAUCAUACGAAUUACGAUUAAGAGUCAAUUGUAUUGUUAUGUUAGUUAGAAAUUUAAGUAUCAAUGAAGGACUGUGUAACGGAACAAGAUUACAAGUGUUAGAGCUUGCGAAUAAUCUUUUACGGUGUAAAAUUUUAACAGGUGAUAAAGCUGGUAAUAUAGUAUUUAUACAUAGAAUAGACUUAUAUUAUGGAAAUUUGUAUCCAUUUACAUUUAAAUGA